AUGAGGAUUUUCAUAGCCUUUGAGGGAUCUUUUGAGCCAUUUGAUGUUUCAGCAGAUGAAACCGUGGAAACUGUCAAGCUGAUGAUAAAGGAUUAUUUCCACAUUCCACUUUCUGAAGACAAACAAGGCAGGCGGUAUCUGGAGCUGAUGUAUGCUGGAGCAGCCCUAAAGGACGGUUGGAGUAUUGCUGAUGUUGGGAUAUCAUUUUGCUCAACUCUCAAAUGCUUUGUUAAGGAAGAAGACAAGCCGACUCUAUACGUGUUCAAUGCUGUAACACAAGAGACAAUGCCAAUAAUGGAGAGCAUCACCCUACUUGGUAACAAAGUGUCUGAUUUGAGAACACUGGUAACCCUGAGAUGUGGCUUCCCUGUGAGUGUGUACUGCCUCCGGACUCCCCAGGGACAGGAGAUGUAUGACUGUAACGCCCUCAGAGACUACCAGACAGAACUAGGUACAACAUUUCGCUUGGACGUCUGGGAUGGAUGGAAGGAAUUUCUGAUGGGUUGUCUCCUAGGACAAAAACUUAAAGUCCAACGCUACUUAUCAGAAGAAGGACCAAUACUCAAGUAUCAGAAAAGGGUGGCUCUGUACAUCGCUGCAUUUUAUGGGUACAUGGAACUCACUGAAUGGGCCCUGAAGCAGGGUGUGCGGCCCAAUGAGGCGGUUGGUGUUCACCCCUACCGAGCAUGGUGCCAUGAAGCCCUUCAUGCAGAUGUCUCUAAAUGCCCCAUUCAUGCAGCUGCAGAAUCAGGCCAGCUCCUGAUUCUGAAGGCCUUUGUCAACUGCAGCACACUGUGCCUGGAAUGCAAAAAUGCUGCAGGACAAACUCCCCUGACCAUCGCACUUAAACACAAGCAUAAAGACUGCGUAUUAUAUUUGCUGAAUAAAAUGUGGUCCACCGUCUCUUUUCCGAAAAUUUCAGUCCCCAUGAGAAUUUAUAUCAAAAUAAAACAAUGGGUCCUCAGAGUUCACAGCCUUAACAAAAGUCAGCUUUACCGAGCAAGGAUUUCUGGGGCAAGAGUUGGAGACACUGUCAUGGUGGAUGGUUUCACCAAACCGAAAAUGACCUCCCAAAGCUGGUAUAAGUAUGGGCACAAGAACUCACAAAGCACCUUAUGCCAGUUAUCACCUCUCAAGGGACAAACUACAAGCAAAAAAGCUGUGAAUCCUUUGGCAAUUUCUCAACAGAACACAAGAGAAAAAACCCUCAUGUUCCCUCCACUGGUAGAUGCAAAUAAAUUCUCUGAAUUACAAAGGCAUCAAGAAAAAAAUCAGAAAAAAAUUACUGAUACAGCUAGAAGAAAGGAAAAGUUUAUAAAAAAUGCAUAUCUCCCUCAAGUUCCCCUCCCUUCAGUGUCAAAAGUGGGGUAUUCACACCCAUCAUUUUAUUAUGCAUCACCCAGUGCUGUUUUUUCACUACGAUCCUCCCUCAAGUCUUUCUCAAAGCACAAUGGGAAGACUACAAGGGAGAAUGCAAUCUACUGCUUAGCUGUGGCAAGGUAA